UCAUCUUCUCAAACCUCUCUCUCUCCCACUAAACUUUUCUUAUUCAUACUCAAAACCCACCUAACCAAGCCACAAAAAAUGGGCUCAAGUGGUGAAACCCAGAUGACUCCAACCCAAGUCUCUGAUGAAGAAGCCAACCUCUUUGCCAUGCAACUAGCCAGUGCUUCAGUGCUCCCCAUGGUCCUUAAAUCUGCCAUAGAACUUGAUCUCUUGGAGAUCAUAGCCAAGGCUGGACCGGGGGCUUACCUUUCUCCUUCAGAGAUUGCUUCCCAGCUCCCUACAAAAAACCCAGAUGCACCAGUGAUUGUGGACCGCAUAUUGAGGCUCCUGGCUAGCUACUCUGUUCUCACAUACUCUCUGCGCACACUCCCUGAUGGGAAAAUUGAGAGGCUGUAUGGUACAGCUCCGGUGUGUAAGUUCUUGACCAAGAAUGAAGAAGGUGUGUCUCUUGCUGCUCUCUCUCUCAUGAAUCAAGAUAAGGUCCUCAUGGAGAGCUGGUACUACUUGAAAGAUGCAGUUCUUGAAGGUGGGAUUCCAUUUAACAAGGCCCAUGGAAUGACCUCAUUUGAGUAUCAUGGUAAAGAUCUUAGAUUCAACAAGGUAUUCAACAAGGGAAUGUCUGAUCACUCUACCAUUACCAUGAAGAAAAUAUUGGAGACCUACAAAGGCUUUGAGGGUCUCACAUCAGUGGUUGAUGUUGGUGGUGGUACUGGAGCUGUCCUUAGCAUGAUCGUCGCAAAAUACCCCUCUAUUAAGGGCAUCAAUUUUGAUUUGCCCCACGUGAUCGAGGAUGCACCAUCUUAUCCCGGUGUGGAGCAUGUUGGGGGAGACAUGUUUGUUAGUGUUCCUAAAGGAGAUGCCAUUUUCAUGAAGUGGAUAUGUCACGAUUGGAGUGAUGAGCACUGCUCGAAUUUUUUGAAGAACUGCUAUGCUGCUCUUCCAGACAAUGGAAAGGUGAUUCUUGCUGAAUGCAUUCUUCCUGUAGCCCCGGACAGUAGCCUUGCUGCUAAGGGAGUCAUCCACAUUGACGUUAUCAUGUUGGCUCAUAAUCCUGGUGGGAAAGAGAGGACCGAAAAGGAGUUUGAGGCCUUGGCUAAAGGGGCCGGAUUUCAAGGGUUCAGAGUAGUGUGUUCUGCUUUCAAUACCUAUAUCAUUGAAUUCAUUAAAAAGCUUUGAGCCCUCAGCUAUGGUACGUACCUAUUGCAUUUGGAUUUUGCGGGUUUGUGACCGUGUUCGUUUCAAAAGUGGAUUUCUGAUACAUGUAGUUUAUAUUCACUGAGAGAGGAAACAAGGGAGUGAUUGUAUACUUCUUAUAUGAAAUAAAACUUUGUAAUAUGGAUUGAAGAAGAUGAAUUUAAAAUUGGAUCAUGAAAGGGCCAAAAUCGAAAAUGGUUAAUUGUGA